AUGGACAAGGUCGUCAAGGCAAUCGUGUGGAGUGGUGGCAUCAUUGGCUGUGGCUAUGUCUUAAUGAAGACAACCGUUCCUACCGAACAAGAUAUGAUCAACCGUCUUCCUGAAAAUCUCCAACGCGAGGCCAAGGAACGUCAACGCACCAGCAACGAGAGACAACAAGCUAUUAUGGAUUAUCUCAAGGAAGCAGCAGAGUCUGAUAAGCCUGCUUGGCAAACACCUGAUUCAACCCCCAAAGCAUAG